UUCCUCUCGGGGAAGGGAAGAGACCCACAAGUAGACAGUAUCUGAACACCCAGUAAACCUUUAAGAAGGGAGGACAGCGAGACUUGAGGUUAAUAUGAAAAGCACAAAACUGGAAUGUAAUUACAAGCUUGUGUUGCAGUAAUCUUGCUUCAAGCUGCAGCCAUGAGGUCAUCAUCCUCUCGCCUUAGUUUUUCCUCUAAGGAACCCAUAUGGAACAGGAUGCCAGAUCAAAUAUCGGUGUCGGAGUUUCUGUCGGAAACAACAGAGGAUUACAACUCUCCCACUACAUCCAGCUUCACCACCCGCUUGCAGAGCUGCAGGAAUACAGUCAGCGUGUUAGAAGAGGCUUUGGAUCAGGACAGAACCUCUUUGCAGAAGGUCAAGAAGUCGGUCAAAGCCAUUUACAACUCUGGCCAAGAUCACAUUCAAAAUGAGGAAACAUAUGCCCAGGCAUUGGAUAAAUUUGGCAGCAACUUCAUCAGUCGGGAUAAUCCAGAUCUGGGUACAGCCUUCGUUAAGUUCUCCACUUUGACUAAAGAGCUUUCUGCCCUCCUCAAGAACCUGCUUCAGAGUUUAAGUCAUAAUGUGAUCUUUACACUGGACUCCCUGUUGAAAGGCGACCUGAAAGGCGUGAAGGGGGACCUGAAAAAACCCUUUGACAAGGCUUGGAAGGACUAUGAAACCAAGUUUACAAAGAUUGAAAAGGAAAAACGUGAGCAUGCCAAACAGCACGGAAUGAUCCGAACAGAGAUCACUGGUGCUGAGAUCGCAGAGGAGAUGGAGAAAGAAAGAAGGCUGUUCCAGCUACAGAUGUGUGAGUACCUGAUCAAAGUAAAUGAAAUAAAGACUAAGAAGGGAGUUGACCUUCUUCAGAACUUGAUCAAGUAUUACCAUGCGCAAUGCAACUUUUUCCAAGAUGGCUUGAAGACGGCAGAUAAACUAAAGCAGUACAUUGAGAAAUUAGCAGCUGAUCUGUACAAUAUAAAACAAACACAAGAUGAAGAGAAAAAGCAGCUCACGGCUUUAAGAGAUCUUAUUAAAUCAUCUCUACAGGUGGACCAAAAGGAGGACUCUCAGAGCAAACAGGGUGGCUACAGUAUGCACCAGCUGCAGGGUAACAAAGAGUUUGGCAGUGAGAAGAAAGGCUAUCUGUUAAAGAAGAGUGAUGGGUUAAGGAAGGUAUGGCAGAGAAGGAAGUGCUCAGUUAAAGGUGGGAUUCUCACCAUCUCUCAUGCCACUUCAAACAGGCAGCCUGUCAAACUCAACCUGCUCACAUGCCAGGUCAAGCCCAGUGCCGAGGACAGAAAAUGCUUCGAUCUCAUUUCCCAUAACCGCACAUAUCACUUUCAGGCAGAAGAUGAGCAGGAAUUUAUAAUAUGGAUCUCAGUGUUAACUAACAGCAAGGAGGAGGCACUUAACAUGGCCUUCAGAGGAGAGCAGGGUGGAGGAGAUGAUGGGCUGGAGGAUCUCACCAAAGCCAUAAUAGAUGAUGUGCUGCGGAUGCCAGGAAAUGAGUGGUGCUGUGACUGUGGGGCUCCAGAUCCCAAAUGGUUGUCGACUAACUUAGGAAUCCUGACAUGCAUUGAAUGUUCAGGCAUACACCGGGAGAUGGGCGUCCACAUCUCACGCAUUCAGUCUAUGGAGCUAGACAAACUGGGAACCUCCGAACUCUUGCUGGCCAAGAAUGUGGGGAACAGUAGUUUUAAUGAAAUAAUGGAGGGGAAUCUUUCCUGCCCCUCUUCUAAACCCACUCCCUCUAGUGACAUGACUGUUCGUAAGGAGUUCAUCAAUGCUAAAUAUGUAGAUCAUAAGUUUGCAAGAAAAACCUGCAGCUCAGCAGAAGACAAGAGGAAUGAUCUGUUUAAAGCCGUCGGGUCACAUGACCUGCUAGCUCUCAUCCAGGUGUAUGCUGAGGGGGUAGAGCUUAUGGAACCACUACAUGAAGGAGGACAGGAAGGUGGAGAGACUGCAUUGCACUAUGCCGUGAGGACAGCUGACCACACCUCACUGCACCUGGUUGACUUCCUUGUCCAGAACAGUGGGAAUUUGGAUAAGCAGACGGAGAGAGGAAACACGGCCCUGCACUAUUGCUGCCUGUACGAGAAACAUGAAUGCCUCAAGUUACUGCUCAGAGGCAAACCAGCUACUGAUAUCACCAAUCAGAAUGGAGACACAGCUUUGGAUGUGGCUAGGCGGAUGAAGAUCUUCCAGUGUGAGGAAGCGUUGGUACAAGCUGCUGCCGGAAAAUUCAAUACUAAAGUUCAUGUGGAAUAUGAAUGGAAUCUCAGGUUGGAGGAGCUUGAUGAAAGUGAUGAUGAUCUGGAUUACAAACCCAGUCCCAUUAAGAAGGAUCGCUCACCCCGUCCGCAGAGUUUCUGCCACUCAUCCAGUCUCUCCCCUCAUGAUAAGCUCUCUCUGCCUGCUUUCAUUGGUCAGCGUGAUAAGCAACGCCUCUCCUACUCUGCAUUCACCAAUCAGAUGUACAGCGUUUCCACCGACUGCCCGUCCUCUCCGGUUUCAGAUGCCCCGCCUCUGCCACCAAGGAAUGCUGGCAAAGCCCAGUCCAGUCCAUUGUCAAACCUGCCUUCCUCCACCCUUGCCCCUGCAUCACAGACCUCACCUAGUGGCAGCUCUACCCUGUCAAAGAAGAGACCCCCUCCCCCUCCCCCUGGACACAAACGCACGCUAUCUGACCCCCCUACCCCGCUCUUUAAAGGAAGUGAUUCAACGCCGCCUCCUGUCAACAAGAUGUCCCCUGUAACUAAUAGAUUUGAGGGCAUUCCACAACAGCAAAGUCUCAACACCACAAAACCCACACUUGGUCCAAGGGUCCUUCCCAAACUACCUCAGAAGGUUGCCCUGCGUAAAAUAGACACCAUCCAUCACCCAUCUGUGGACAAAACCAACCAGCCUUCUGAAGCUGUCCUUUUUCAGAAGGUUCUACAGAGUUCAGAUACACCCCAGAAAGUUCCGGUAGCUGACAGGCCUCAGGCUGGAGACGUAGCUCCUAAACCACAGCCUUCAGAAUUACCCCCUAAGCCAGGAGAACUGCCUCCAAAGCCUCAACUGUCCGAACUCCCCCCUAAACCUCAGUUGGGUGACCUACCACCUAAACCUCAGCUUAAAGAUCUCCCGCCCAAGCCCCAACUCACAGAGAUCUCCCCAGCCAAACCCAUAACCAUUGAGGUCCCGCCGAAACCUUCUCCAGGAGAAGUGGCACCCAAGCCCCAACCUCCGGAUACUCCAACGAUUAUUCAACAAGGUGAACUGUCCCCUCAGCCUGUGAUCCAGUCUAGUGAAGAUACCAAUGGAAGUCCAACAUCUGCACAGGAGACACCUGUACCAUUGCCCAGGAAAAUAAAUCCGAUUAAGAGUAAAAUGCGAAGGGUGAAGACUAUUUAUGAUUGUCAAGCGGACAACGAUGACGAGCUGACUUUCGUUGAGGGUGAGGUCAUUGUGGUAACUGGUGAAGAAGAUCAGGAGUGGUGGAUUGGGCACAUCGAAGGACAGCCAGAGAGAAAAGGUGUAUUUCCCAUGUCCUUUGUUCAUAUCUUAUCAGAUUGACCUGCAAAUGUUUCUCCACAACCCACUCAUUGUGAUACCUCUGGCUAUGGGAUGCACUUGACUUAGCUGCUCUAUCAACAAUUCAAGAUUUAAGAAGACAAACCCACAAUGAAAAACACAUGAUCAACUUGUUAUCGUCAGAGAUGGAGUGGAAAUAAAGUCUCUAAAUUUACCACUAUUAUCCAUACAAUCUACUGCACCCACUUACAAGACCAGCACUUUCCCUCCACUAAUUACUGAAUCGCUGUAUAUAAGAUUGUACAUAAAUGUGUGUAUGUGUGCGUUUCAUUCAAGGAUGACUGUGUGAUUGUGCAAAUGUAGAAUGUUUGUCUGAAAAGUGAAUGUGUGAACUUAUUCUCUACCUGCCAGUUAGAGGCGUUGGGCCAGUUUUGUUCAAAUUAGUUGAAUUAUUAAAUGUGGCCAUCAUUGUUAUGAUCUAUAGCAGGGACAGACAGAAGUUGAAUUCUUUACCUGGUGAAAUAACUGGACUUUUAGGUUUCCUAAACAGUAGUAAUUGUUUUUUUUAAAGCCUACACAUUUCAUAACACCACUAAAGCAUGUACAAGAGUAAAAUGUUAAUUUGUGUUUACUAUUUCCAGUUCUUGCGAUGGUGUAAAUUUAUUCCUACAAUGCACACACCCCUGCUUGUGUCUUCUCACAGGUUAUUCCUCUGUGAUCCCAUUUCAGUGUUUGGUUAAUCUGCACAAGUACUUUUACUACAGUCUGGCUGAACAGUGCUGUUCCAAGAACACAAUGGUCACCCUUAGUUUAUCUUUAAUAUUGUGUUUUGAGAGGUCUUGGAUACUUGAACUACGAAAGUUGUUUAUUUGGCUCAUUGGUGUUAUACUUUCAAGUGAUAGAUGUACUGUAUUGCAAAUUGGAAUUAUGCCGUUUUAGUUUGUGCUUCCAGAUAUCCAUCUUGGAGCAGUUUCAAUAACUGCUCAAAUCUCCAGUAAAGGACAAGAACCACCAUAGUUCCCAUUUUUGGGUUUCAUUAAACAGUCAAGGCUGUAUCAUGUCAACAUUACAAAAAAGGCUCAUGUAAUCAGUUUACCCAACAUUUAAAAUGAUGAAACUCCACUUAAGUAUUAAAGCAUAGGGAUGGAGGCCUGAUGUGCUACAUGUUUCUAUAUGACUGCAGAUUCUGAGGACGGUGUCCAAUGUCUGAACAUGUUUCUCACUUACCAUUCCAUCAUCAAUAAAAACGUUUCAUGCUAACAAAA